CCUCGAACUCUCACUAUUUUCUAAUGCUUCAUGGCAAGAAAUCCCAAGCCCUUGGCUCGAGAAUCGGGCAUCUUGGCCGUGAGAAACAGCGUCGCCAAGCAGGGGAAGUUGCGUUGCAUGGAAGUUGCUCCCUCCGCAUCUUCCGCGCUUUCUCCCGUGGAUGUGUGGCUCCUUCCCCUGGAAAACUCAGGGGCGGCGCCUAUGCGUGCGGCACUUCACCUGCAGACCUCCCUCGCCCCGCCUUUGAGGGCUCGGUCCAGACCUUGGAUGGAGGUUUGCAUUCCGCUUCCAGAGGUCGCUCCUCGUAAACUCAAAGCC